CCCUUCUGCGGGGUGCGUUGAACUUGCAGCUCACCACGAGGAUAAUCCAUACGGCCAGUGAUGUAGGCAGCGGUUCUCCGCCCGUCGGAGUGAAGACGGCCGUCCAUAGUUACUAUGGAGAAGUUCCGGAUAGAAUGAAGCUGCAAGACAAGACAAGAACCAUCCACCUAUCUAUCCUACCUGACUACCGUACGGUGCCUACGUGAAGCUCAUCGUAGUUAUAAGUCACCUCCGCUUCAAUUCAUCAGCCCAUCCGACAUCAUCGUGCCUGUCCAUUGAGCUCUCAGCUUCCCAUCGCCACCGAACGAACGGAAAAACUACCCCGCCGCCAUCAAUUCCACCGUCAUCAUGGCCACCACCUUCACAAAAAUCGCCGAGGACGCUCCCCCCUCAAUCAGCAUUGACACCGACCGCGUCCUCUCGGAGAUCAAAGAUGAGAUCUACUCCGGCUUUACCGAGCACAUGGGCCGCUGUAUUUACGGCGGACUGUACGACCCCGGCAACAGCCUCUCUGACGAAAACGGCUUCCGCACGGACGUGAUCGACUGCUUCAAAGAGCUGAACUGUCCGGUUGUGCGCUACCCCGGCGGAAACUUUGUGGCCACAUAUCACUGGUACGAGGGAGUCGGGCCGAAGGACAAGCGGCCGCGGCGUCCCGAGCUCGCGUGGGACGGCGUGGAGUCGAACGAGUUCGGUACCGAUGAGUUCAUGAAGUGGUGUGAUACCGUCGGGACGAAGCCGUACAUUGCCCUGAACAUGGGAACGGGGACAUUGGAUGAGGCUCUCGGAUGGCUUGAGUACUGCAACUCGACGCGGGAUACGUACUGGGCGAACCUCCGCCGGGAAAACGGACAUCCCGAGCCGUACAAUGUGAAGUACUGGGCACUCGGAAAUGAGUGCUACGGCGAGUGGCAGGUCGAGCAGUUGACGAAGGAGGACUAUGCGAAGAAGGCGUAUCAAUGGGCGAAGGCGCUCAAGCUUCUGGACCCAAGCAUUGUCCUGAUCCUGUGUGGAGAGCUGGGUUACGUCGAGUGGGACAGAUAUGUCCUUGGAGAGUGCAUCAAAUGGAUUGAUAUGCACUCGAUCCAUGUGUACACCGCCGAUAAGGAGCAUAUGGCGAACGCUUCCGGCCCAUUGUCGGCAGAGCGUGCGAUCGAGAUCUGUGCCUCAUUGAUAGAUAUGGCACGUAUCAAAUCCGGCGUGACGAAGCGUCCCACAAUCUGCUUCGACGAGUGGAACAUCUGGGAUCCUGUUCGCGCCCCUGGUGACAAGGGUGCCGAAGAGCUCUACACCGUCUCCGACAUGCUGGCCAUGGGAGUGUGGUGCAACGUUUUCAUCCGGCAGUCGAAGUACAUUGGCAUGACCAACAUCGCGCAGUCGGUCAACGUUAUCGCGCCGCUGAUGACCACGCCCACCGGCCUCGUCAAGCAGACAACGUGGUGGGUAUACCUGUUGUUCGCCAAGUACAUGCGCGGAAGCACCUUGGGCGUGCACGUCAAGUCCGGAACCUACGAUGGCCGCACAAACCCCGUGUUCAUCGAGUCGACUAUGGAUGUUUCCUGGCUGGAUGUGUCCGCCGCCAUCAACAAUGGAUACGUCAACCUGGCCGUGGUGAACCUGAACGCUGAGAAGGCGUUCGAGACUGAGUUGAAGGGUGUGCCUAUUGGUCAGGAGGUCGAAGUGCACCUAGUUACGGGUGAGAACUUGGACGAUGUCAACACCGCUGAGAAGACGACAGUUGAGAUCCAGGAAAGCAAGUGGAAGGCGGAAAGCAAGUACACCUUCCCCAAACACUCCUUCACUCUUUUGCGGUGGAAGUUGUAAGCAGGGGAAUGCGGCUGGUGUUGUGGCCACUCAUGUACAUAGUGUCACGAUUUUGGAAGUUUGAAGUUCAAGCAGUAGC